UUCAAACAACUAUGGAAGGUGUGAAAAAAGUGAUGAAGAAACAACAUCAUGAAGUACUGAAGAAAAAUCCCUUCUAUCACUACAUGGACAUGCCUAAAAUAAACCACAGCUUCCAUAGGGUUGUGUCUCUCAUGCAAGCGUACAAUCCAGAAGAUCGGGCCUUCUGGUUUGGGGGAAAUACUAUACGCUUGGAAUUCACUCCGCAGCAAUUAUCUAUCGUAUUAGGGCUGCAGUACAAAGGCGUACCGGUGGAUGUGAAUAUGGAUGGCAGAGACACUGAUUUCAUCACACGUAUUUUUUAUGGUAAGUUAUCUUUAAUGACGAGGCCAUAUAUUGGUUAUAAACUGGAGGCCUAUGCAGUUAUGACCGAUCAACAAUCUGUUGAAGAUUUCAGCAGAUUGUACACUAUUUAUCUGUUUAAUACUAUUCUACUGCCAAAGGGGAACAAAACGUUAGAAAGGUGGGUUUAUCCGCAUGUAGAAGAUUUGGAGGUUUUAGGGUCUUUUGCAUGGGGAAAGUUGGUGUAUGAUAUUCUUGUUGAGAAUAUGGAAGGGUAUCUGAAGGGGGGGUUGAAGUAUUUUGAUGGAUGCACUAUCGGCUUAUUGGUAAGUGAUAUCUAAUAGUGAAUAUAUAUUAUGUUAUAUUGAAUAUACCAAUUAAUAUUGAUUCCAAAAUACGCAGGCAUGGGUGCAUGAAAGGAUCACGUUACUAGGGGUUAGCACCAGUGUUUACAAAUUUCCCCGGUUCUUCCGGUGGCAAGACAGCAAAAUCCCAAUCGAUGAAGAAGCAGCUAGGUUGUUUUUUGAUCAGAUAAAACAAGUGCAGGUAACACUUUGAGUUACAAAAUAUAUAAUGUAUUAGGUAUUUGCUAACAAUUUUUUUACGUUUAUUAGGUUAUACCAUUUUCUGUGUACCCGAAAGAGAAAGCGUUGCUUUCUCCGGUUUUGGAAGUAAUUUCUGGUCCAGUUGUUGGAAUUAGUGCUGACAGAUUUGUUGAAAUAAGUUCUGAGAGUAGUGAAGAUGAGAUUGGAGACGUGGAAGCAACACCUUUGCAGCAUAAGAAGAAUAACUUAAAAAGGAAGAGGGGGAAUGUAACA